UUAUUGACACGUUUAGAAAUUUAGAAUCAUAUGCCACCAGUGGGCCGGACUCGUUAUGUGGUGGGUCCAGUCCAGAGUAAUAAAUGGAUCCACCCUCAUCCAUCCAUAUCUAUGCCGAGUUUUAUUAGCGAAGCAAUUUUUCGCAGGAGUUUCCUUCUCUCUCUGCUUCAGUGUUCUUUAUCAUGUGCAAUCUUCACAGCAUUAUACCCCUCUAUGCCUCCCUGAUCGAAUCCUGUUCGUCCGCUAAGAAUCUCAAACGCCUUCGAGAAAUCCACGCUCGAAUCCUGACCGUUGGAAUAACCCACCACGACUUCAUUCGAGCCAAGCUCGUCUCUUCCUACGCUACCUGCGCACAGAUGCGCGAAGCUGCCUACAUCUUCUCCCGUACAAAUCGUCAGUCCACCUUCCUCUUCAACUCUCUUAUCAGAGGCUACGCUUCUCUCAACCUCUUCCGUCAGUCCCUCGCCGUCUUCCGUCAGAUGCUCCAGGAGGAAAAGCAGUACGAUGGGCGUACUUUAACCUCGGUUCUCAAAUCCUGCGCCGGCCUCUCGGCACUCUACCUUGGCCGUCAGGUCCAUGUCGCCGUUUUGGUCAACGGGUUCUCCUCCGACGUCGCUACUUGUAACGCGUUGAUUACUAUGUAUUCUAAGUGCGGUGACUUGACCACCGCCCGCCGCGUGUUCGACAAAAUGAUGGAGAAGAAUUCGAUCACAUGGUCGGCGAUGAUAUCUGGAUAUGGCAUGCAUGGGGUUGCUGACGAGGUUUUUCGGUUGUUUGAGGAAAUGUUGGCAGCCGGAGUAUUGCCAGACGGCGUUGCUUUUACGGCGAUUUUGGCGACUUGCAGUCACGCCGGGUUGACGCAAGAGGGACGCAAGUAUUUCAAGAUGAUGGAGGGGAGGUUUGGGUUGAGGCCGGGGUUGCAGCACUACACGUGUAUGGUGGAUAUGUUGGGGAGGGCGGGACAUGUGGAAGAAGCAGAGGCUUUGAUUUUGGAUAUGAAGGCGGAGCCCGACGAAGCAUUGUGGGGUGCGUUAUUGGGGGCGUGUAAGAUUCAUGGGAAGAUAGAGGUAGCUGAGAGAGUGGCAGAGAAAGUCUAUGGAAGAAGUGAAGAAUUGAGCCAAUUGGCGACUUGAGACUUGAUAAAUCCGAAGCUCCGUCAAAUCGGGUCGGGGUCGGGGCCGGGGCCAGGACCGGGCCUGAACAAAACCGAGGGACCAAAUUGGGAAAUUUCCUGGCCGGGCUACAAACGAUCGCACGUUACGGUGAAGGAUUCAUCAAUCAUCACCCACUAUCAACGGCCACCAAGGGAUUUCACGAUAAUUCAGAACUCUUCCCAUAGUCUCUUUUCAGAUUGGCAUCUUUUUCUUUUUUCUGUUUGGAUUGAUCCAACUUAGAAGGU